CGGGCCCAGAAACAGCCCGUCCUCGCCACCCUCCUCUUUGGAUAGAGGAGGCCCCGGGCGUUGGCCGGAACCCUGGGGACCGAGCAGGGGGUCCUGGCUUCCCUCUGCGUGGUGGGCGACGGAGCCAGGAGCUUCGUGCUGCCCGGCCAGCCGUCCUGGGGGCUGCUGAACGCGCCCGCCGGAGACCCUCGGGCGCAACUGGUCCUAGGCAUCCCAUAUCGAUUUUUCUGCCCGGUUUGUUGUGGGUGCUGGGGGAUAGAGAAUCCAGUGAUGAUACAAUCGCCUCAGGUGUCUUUGCAAAUGUAGCUGAGGAGUCGGGGGUAAAUUGCCAUCUCCUUCUAGAGAAGUUUUCUAGCUUGGAGAAAUUAGUCUCAGGAAUCUCCACACCCUGCUAGUUGCAACAGAACCGCAGCUUGGGUUUGCGGGAGUUAAAUGAGUUCAGAUUCUGAAAACUAAACCUCUGAUGUAAAAAAUAGGCAAAAGAAGCUAAAGCCUUUUGUUCAGAAAAACAAAGCUUUGAGGCAAUUCAGUGGCAAUGGCUAAAGAUAAGAAGAAAGAUGGCAAAAAAACAGAGAAGUUAACACCUGCCCCUCCUCCUCCACCUGAUACUUCAUUUGAAGGUAGUUCUUCAGUGCAGCUGUCAUAUGUCCAGACAUCAUUGAAUCAAGCAGAGGAAGCACAAGCAAGGCCUUUAGAAUCCCAAGAAGAAUCAAAAGAGAUGGAAGAACCUCUGAUCCAAGAAGCAGCUCAGUAUUAUGAGGAGCCUAUUCUAACUCAACUUAUUAUAGAAAACUAUGAAGGAGAAAAAGUCCAUGGAUUAUAUGAUGGAGAAGGUAUAGCAUAUUUUCAGGGAGGAAAUUUAUACAGAGGCAUGUUUUCUGAAGGACUCAUGCAUGGACACGGGACUUAUACAUGGGCUGAUGGAGUGAAGUAUGAGGGGAAUUUUGUUAAGAAUGUGCAGAUGUAUAAUGGCAGUUACACAUGGCCUGAUGGCAGCAUGUAUGAAGGAGAGGUGAAGAAUGGAGUUAGACAUGGCUUUGGCAUUUACAAGUGUGGCACCCAUCCAGUUUCAUACAUUGGCCAAUGGUGUGAAGGCAAAAGACAUGGAAAGGGUACCAUUUAUUAUAAUCGGGAAGGUACUUCCUGGUAUGAAGGUGACUGGGUAAACAACAUCAAAGAUGGCUGGGGGAUAAGAUGUUAUAAAUCUGGAAAUAUCUAUGAAGGUCAAUGGGAAAAAAAUGUGCGUCAUGGGGAAGGAAGGAUGAGAUGGCUGACGACUAACCAGGAGUAUACUGGACAGUGGGUAAAUGGCAUACAGCAUGGGUAUGGUACCCACUCCUGGUUUCUGAAGAGAAUUCCUGGGUCUCAGUAUCCUUUGAGGAAUGAAUAUGUAGGGGAUUUUGUAAAUGGUGAUCGUCAUGGACGUGGAAGGUUCUUCUAUGCCAGUGGAGCAAUGUAUGAUGGAGAAUGGGUUUUCAAUAAAAAACAUGGCAUUGGGAGAUUUGUCUUCAAGAAUGGGCGUAUUUAUGAAGGGGAGUUUAUCAAUGAUCAAAUAGCAGAGUACCCAGCUUUUCAAGUGGAUGCAAUGAAUAUGCAGGAUCUGAGUGGCAUUCGUACACAAAGUCCCUUUGGCACUGAAACCAUAAGAAUAAUUGAUGGCCCAGGAAAUACCUCUGUGUUGGGAUCAAACAUUGAACUAGAUAUAUCUUCAUUGCUGAACUUGUUUCCAGAGAAAGACAGACAGGAAGAAAUGAAACAGGUAGAAUAUGCGGUAUUGAGACAUAUUACAGAAAUGAGAAGAAUCUACAGUUUUUACAGCAGCUUAGGCUGUGAUCAGUCUCUUGACAACACCUUCCUGAUGACUAAGCUCCAGUUCUGGAGAUUUCUAAAGGAUUGCAGGUUUCAUCAUUAUAAUGUAACCCUUGCUGAUAUGGACAGGAUACUGAAUGAAGAUAAAAUAACACCUGAGGAGGUGCAUUCUCCAUAUGAAACUUUACUGCUAAGAACAUUUUUGACUUACCUUAUUCAUCUAGCAGUCCAUAUCUAUCACAAAGAGCACAAAGAUACAGGUCCAUAUCUGUUUAAGUGUUUCUCAAAAAUGAUGAUGAAGAACAUUACUCCCAAUGCCUGUCAUAUACAAGGCAUUUUAUUUUGUGAACAACAACAAACUGUCUGUGCAAUUAAUUACGUUGAUAAAUGCUGGGAGAUAUACAGGGCUUAUUGUAGACCAAGCACCAUACCUCCUUAUGAACCCACAAUGAAAAUGAGACACUUCCUCUGGAUGUUGAAAGAUUUAAAUAUGCUAAGCAAACAAUUAACUGCUACAAAAAUUGUGGAAAUACUGGUAAAGGACAAUCCUUAUGUACGCGAUGGAGAUGACAGCAACUUACAGCAUGAGUUGGUUUUUCUUGAAUUCUUUGAAGCUCUCCUUGAUUGCGCCCUGUUAUAUGUUACCAAUGAUAUGAUUAAGCAGCAAGUAGAUCUUGUAAAUCAAGAAGGAAAUGGUUAUAGAACUGAAGAUUACACAGAAGGGGCACGGCAUAUUCUGCAGCACCCAGAAUACUCAUUUCAGUCCAUUCAUAGCAGAAGUAUGACCAGUGCUGAGGUAAGCCACGAACCCUCUGAGACAAAUCACUACUACAUUACUACAAGGUCUUCAAGCAAGCUAGCACAGUCACCUGAAAAUAGAAUAAAAAAACCUGAGCUUAAAUCCAAGGACUCUCCAGCAGAAUACAGAACUUCCAGACAGACUUUUAAAUCUACUGAAAAAGAGAGAGAAGCCAUGGUAGAACAUUCUUCUGUCAUAGGCUGCCGGGCACCAAAGGAAGGAGCUGGAACAGAGGGACUUGGAAUGGAAUCCCAUGGAGUCCUGAUGAUGUGAGCCAGGCACAGUGGGUGACAGUGGGUAGUCUUCCUGCAGAACUAGCAAGUCCCUGACUCCUCAUGCACCAGCCAGUCCGUGAACUAGGUAGUGCUUGUGGGUUGCAGCUUGAGCUGUCUGAGGAGCCUGAGAAUCGUUAGCUUCUGGAGGUUAAAAUGCCCCUCCACUGCUUGCUAUGGUUCACAGCAUGGGGCAUUUCCGUCCCUGCCCCACCUCACUCCAGCAAGACAUAGAGAUCGUCUUUGGUGCCUGGAGGUGCUGCUCUUCCCCCUUACCCCUGCCAGCACUCUUGAAUUCCCCUCCUUCCCUGAUUUUUCUUACCCAACACACGUUUACCAUUUUUUUUUCUACCAAAACACUAAAAAUCCAGGAAAUAGGCAGUUAAUGGCAGCAUUAACAUCUGGACCAGGCUAGACAUAUCUUAACCAGCAAGCUGAACUGAUAUGUUCCCCCACCCUUUCGCUUGCAACAAAUAGCCACCUGUACUGCACACGUCCUCUGAAUCAUGCUUGCAUGCAUGCCCUUAACUCAAGACUUCAGCAUUUUUCAGUAUUGAUCAAAUAUAUUUAUCUGGUUGGGGUCAGAGUUAAGAUUUUCAGUGUGCCUGAGGGAUGGAUGUGUGCAUCGUGCGUGGUUAUCUGAAGGGCAAGAGAACAUAUUAUGGAGGUGACAAGUCCAAGUCUGUUUGAUGAUGGGGUGGUAAGCUCUGUGAACAAAGGGCUGGUCUGAAUGAUAACAUUGGUUUACCUGGUGGUUUCCUUGACUUUUAGGGAUUGUGUUGGUAGGAAAUUCACUAGAGCAAUGUUAAUGUUGCAUGAAUUUGUCUGUCCAUCAAAAACCACACAGAUCACUAAUAUAAACAGGACUUGCUUUACUCAACAGUUUGCAUCACCAACUGACCUCCUGGAAUGAGUAGUAGUAAGGCCUGUAGCAAGAGCACAUCUGGAUACUUUCCAAGAGUUUGUUCCAAUACUAAGCUAAAUGUCCUCAAAGUGUUUCCUGAGUCUGAGACUGCCUCCUGUACUACUCUGUCGUCAGUUCAGCUUUUGAGCAUCACACAGCUAAAGCUUGUGUUCAUGAAUUAUACUGUAAGGUUCAUGAUUAAGAAUAAAAUAGCAUAGUAAAAUAAUAUACUUGUCAAGCCAAAAAAAAGAUUUUUUCACUUUUCCUUCUCUGUCCCAGCCACUUUGAGAUGAAAACAGAGGUGUCAAACCAGCCCAGUUGUUUUCUGAGGGAAAUGAGCUUUUUUCCAGUGCAAAAUUCUGUGCGAACUCCAGCAUUAGCUGGACUGAUAGGUGACAGUUUAUAUUUACCUAAUACAGAGACAUAAAAGGUUCUUAAAGUGUUUAUUAGUACUGAUUAGUAUGUGUGAUGCUUCUCGGGGCCCCCAGGGCUUGUUAUCAGCUGCCUCCAGUGUGAGGGAAUCUUGCCUGUACUAACUGGAUGUUAGCUCCCUAAGGGCAUGUCUACACUUACCACCGGAGCGAUCAGUCCAGCGGGGGUUGAUUUAUCAUGUCUAAUGAAGAUGCGAUAAAUCGACCGCCGAGCACUCUCCCAUAAACUCUGGUACUCCACGGGAAGGAGAAGCCUAGGUGGAGUCAACAGGGGAGUGGCAGCAGUCGACCUACCGCAGUAAGUAGAUUUAAGUACGUCGAAAUUGUGUAACUUAGAUCAAUUCUCUCCUCCUCUUCCUCCCCCUCCCCCCAGCAUAGACCAGGCCUAAGACAACCAGCCUGUCAGCCACUCAAGCCGUCUUCUGUGGACUACACCAACCCUUUCUUUGCCUUGCAGGUUGACAACAGAUCCACCCCAGUCCCUGAGUCCGUUCACUCUGUCCCCCUGUAGUAUCCAGUCCCUAAACGAUCACUGGAUACCCACAGAAAUCCCAGAUCCUCUGUUCCCAAAGGAGCAGUGUUCCACCGUUUACUAGUUUUACCCAAGAUUACCAUUCCUGUAUUACAUAAAUCACUUGUGUUCAGUUAUAAAACAAAAGGGAAUUGAUUUAAAAAAAUAGAGAUUCAAAUAAAAAUCAGUCUGAGAGAUGGGAACAAAUGGUUACAAAUAAAGCAUAAUACCAUUUUUAGAGACUAAACUGAACUCACAUGGCAUUCCCCAUCUCCUACAAGAUAACCUACCCCAAGUUCUUUCCCCAGCGUUUUCAAGCAGUUUGGCUGAAAUCCCUUCUCACAAGAUAAAGUGUGCUGGCAGCGUGUCCUCACAGAUUGAAGGAAUGCCAGGCUCUUUCUGCACCCUUCCCUCCCCCAAAUAUACUAGAACAGACCUUUGAUGUUCAUCUCCAAAUAGCAUCCCCCCCACCUCCCUCUCCUGUUUUACCUCUUCCUCUUAAUUUCUCUCUCAACUCUCAGCUAGCUCUUCAUUAGCAUUUAACGUAGAUUGUUAAUAGACUCCGACUGUACAAUAGUCUACCCUCGAGAUAAAUGUCUCCCACCGUCCAUCUGGAGAAGUUUGUUUGAAGACAUGCUGCCUUUGAGUGAUCUGCUUUUAACUACAGAUCUAGAGAACAUUUUUAGUAUAUACACAACUCCUCACAUACUUUCUAUUAUAUAGAUCUUGGCAAUAGUUAUGAUGACCACUGUGACACAGGCUUCCAUUAAAGACUUUGUGUUGACAGGCUUUUGGUGAAUCCAGGAGAUCUCUGUACCCCUUUGUAUCCUAGUGCCCUCUGCCAGUUGGCAGCACAGGUUCUUGGGUCGCUGUAUGUAAUUUUAUUUUCUUCCCUUGCAGUUCCAAACACAGUGUACCGGCUGUCUCCUGAUGACAAAGAUGAAAUGUUGGUUCAGUCUUGGGCAGAUUUGGAUGCAGAACA